AUGGCGCCGAAUCUGAUCGUCGCUCUGAUCACAGCCCCACGCUUCCGACGAUAUCUCCUUGUUUAUUCGAUUCUCUUGGCGAUUUGCGGGUUCACCUGGAUCGAAUUCGCGUCGCCGAGACUGAAGGAACAUGGUGUGCUUUUGAGGUCCCUAGACCAGAACAACAAAGACCUUGUUGGAGGCUGGUUUGGAACGAAUUCGAAGCCCAGGUUCCCAGAAUUUAUCCAUCUUGCAACGUUAGAUUCUCGGUUCUUGCCGGAACGAGGAGAAACGGACAAAAUAUCAAAGAGGCUGGUGGUGGUGGGCGAUGUGCACGGCUGUCGAGAUGAGUUGGACAAACUCCUUCGUAAGAUCUCUUUCAAUCACGAAGCCGGAGACCACCUGAUUUUUGCCGGAGACCUUAUAAACAAAGGUCCGAAGAGCGUCGAAGUUAUUCAAGCAGCUCGCAUGUACAAUUCUUCAUGUGUCCGCGGGAACAAUGAAGACCGCAUCCUUCUCUACCGUCAGGAGCUCGACCACAGAGGCGGACUGUCCUUCGUAAACCCCAAGACUAAUAUCGGUUUGCCAAACGACGAACUUGGUGGCAUUACUGAAGGUGAAUCACUAGAAAAUGAGAUUCUUCCAUUUGGGAAACAUCAAGAGCAUGUAAUUGCACGAGACCUUAGUGAAGAAGAUGCAGCGUGGCUACACAAGUGCCCGGUGAUCCUGAAAGUAGGACAUAUAAAAGGUAUGGGAGAAGUAGUGGUCGUGCAUGGAGGCCUUGCUCCUGGAGUACCUCUAGAGAAUCAAGACCCCUACUCUGUCAUGACGAUGCGCACUCUGGAUUUAGACACCCACGCGCCAAGCUCAAGCUCGGACGGUAUGAGUUGGGCAAAGGUGUUUAACAAGUACCAGUCCCUUUAUACGUCUUCCACCUCCGGUACAUCGAAACCUGAGCCGACAACAGUGAUUUAUGGUCAUACUCCUCACAAAUCGCCUGCUCUCCUACAGUUCACAAAGGGCCUUGACACGGGGUGCGUAAAAGGCGGGAAACUCACGGCGCUGGUUAUUGAAGAUGGGAAAACAAAAAUCAAACAGGUAAGGUGUAAGAGCUAUGUAUAA